GUCCUUCCCAGAUCCCUGGAAAAGGAAGUCCCAUCUUUCUUCGAAGUUUUGGAAUGAGAGCUUUCGCCUUUGACAUUCGGUUAAAAAGGAAAAUGUUUCGAUGUUGACAAAGAGGAAAGACUGUUACAGGUUAAGGAAAAGGUCGAAUUAGAACAUGCAUCGAGGGUACCACAGUCCUGGAGGCUCGAUCAGAGAAAUAAAGCUCUGUCUUUUAGGGGAUGCUGGUGUGGGAAAGUCAUGUUUGGUCCAUCGGUUCGUUUCUGAUUCAUUUAAUGCCUCCUCACCCCCUACCAUUGGAGCUGCUUUUAUGACAAAAAUGAUGCUUGUGGGAGAACAAGCAUUCAAGUUUAAUAUUUGGGAUACUGCUGGACAGGAGAGGUUUAAGAGCCUCGCUCCACUUUAUUAUCGAGAUGCUGCUGCAGCCAUUUUAGUUUAUGAUAUAACAAGUGAGAGUUCAUUUCAUGCUUUAAAAAACUGGAUCAAAGAGUUAACAAGAUAUGGUCCCCCUGAUAUCCUUAUCGCUAUUGCUGGUAACAAGUGUGACAAGGCUGAUCAAAGAGAGGUUCUGGAGGAAGUAGCAGAGGAGUUUUCCAAUAGCGUGGAAGCAAUAUUUGUAGAGACAAGUGCUCGCACAAACAAGAAUGUUCACUGGCUCUUUGAAGAGUUGUCUCGCAGACUACCUCAAGAACAAGCAGAACCUCACCCUGCAAACCGCACCCUUCUACGACCCAGACAAGCUGAAGAUCAACAGCCAAAGAGAUCUUGUUGUUCUGAGAAAUCACAAUCUUGAGUAGAACUGUACAGAUAUUAGUGUAACUUGUAUUAAAGAGUCGGUAGGUACAAGAAUUCCUUAAAUUGAGAUUCAUUCAGUAUAGUAGUAAGAGCCAGGAACAACUCUACCAUUGGAAAGGAAAAUAUCUGGUAUUGUUGCAAAGAUGGCACACAAGCCAUGGUUCACUUCAGAAUUGCAAGGGGCCUGGGUAUGAGUAGCUAGAAUUUAUUAAGUGAGAGGAUAAUUGAAUGAACCCAUGUUCGAUCCCUUUUAUGAGACAUUCCUGCAGGGAAUCAGGGUAGUCAUGGUAGUUGUAUUCAUCAUCUUGGGCUAGAUAUUUGAUUUAAUGAAUACAACUACCAUGAUUCCCUGCAGGCAUGUCUCAGAGAGGGAAUAGACCAAUAGACCAAUUUCGAUAUAUUAAAAUUCAGCCUAAAACAGUAGACCUCAGCACGAGGCUCUGGGGAAUAA